AUGAAACGGCAACACAACUAUGCGGCUGAAGCGUACGCGAGUGAAAGGGACGUCCGUCGAGACAAAGUUGUGCGAAUGAAACGGCAACACAAGGGGGCGGCUGAAGCGUGCGCGAGGGAAAGGGACGUCCGUAGAGACAAAGUUGUGCGAAUGAAACGGCAAAACUAUGCGGCUGAAGCGUGCGCGAGUGAAAGGGACGUCCGUCGAGACAAAGUUGUGCGAAUGAAACGGCAAAACUAUGCGGCUGAAGCGUGCGCGAGUGAAAGGGACGUCCAUCGAGACAAAGUUGUGCGAAUGAAACGGCAAAACUAUGCGGCUGAAGCGUGCGCGAGUGAAAGGGACGUCCGUCGAGACAAAGUUGUGCGAAUGAAACGGCAACACAAC